CCUGAGGGACUGUCUCUGAUGAAGCAGGAUGCCUUUCCGUUUCUGCCCCCAGUGUGGGACGAAGCUGCAGCCUGAUUUCAAGUUCUGUCCAUCCUGUGGAGAGCAGCUUCCUUGUCCCGCUGAUGAACCGGGAGCUUUGAGCUCAGCUGCUUCUUUAAGUUUCCUUUCGAACGAAGGAGAUGAAGGAGCAACAUCUGGUCGGAAAGAAACCCGCGAUUCAGGCACAAGCUGUGAGCCAAUAGAAAGCAAGGCCCAAGCAUGUUUCACGUCACUUUCAGUAUCAACUCGUCCUGCACUGCGAAAGACUCGUAACUCGCUGCAACUGGACAACUUUAAAGAUGCCUCCCCACCUGUGGUGCCGUCCACUCAUCCUGUCAGAGAUGAUAAUGCCGUCAGAUUGCAGACAUCCUCACCAAAGCAGCACAAAGUCUCUUUCAGAGUCAACGCUGCGGUAGAACCAACUUUAGAGACUUCAACUUCUACUGCUGUUAAAACUCCUCGGCCUGUCAGGGGAAAGGCCAAACUCUCCAGUCCUGCUUUGAAGCAGAUAACUGAUCAAACAUGUGAGAAAGCAGAGGGAUCGACAGUCAGUGGCUCUCCUUUACGUUCUCCAGUCUCCUCACCAAACUCCAGGUCUACCUUUAAAGCGACAGGAAAAAACAAAGCUAAGAAGGCAAAGCAUGCGUCCGCUGUGGAGCCGCUUCAGGAAGGCGAGGAAGUGACAGACACGUCGGGCAAGAAGUGGAAACUGAUGAAACUGCUCAGUCAAACCCAGACGGAAAUCAUCUACGAUGUUUUUCAAACAGCUUCACCAUCCAAGGAGUCAAAUCACAUUCUCAAACUGGGAGCUAAAGAUGGACGACUCUUCAAUGAGCAGAACUUUCUGCAGAGAGCUGCUAAACCUGCAUCUGUGGACAAGUGGAUCAAACAAAACAAGAUGGAUUUUCUGGGGAUUCCUUCCUGUGUCGGCUUUGGUCCUCAUGCAGAUUCCUACAGGUUUCUAAUUGUCCCAAACAUGGGUCAAUCUCUGCAGUCUGUCAUUGAUGAAGAUGAUGGUCUAGCUGAGAAAUCUGUUCUUCAGCUCGCCUGUAGACUAUUAGAUGUUCUGCAGUACAUCCAUUCAAACGAGUAUGUUCAUGCUGAUAUUAAUGCAGAAAACAUCUACAUCAGACCAGGACAGACAUCACAGGUUUACCUCGGAGGAUACUGCCAUGCUUUCAGGUACUGUCCAGGAGGCCAACAUGUGGAGUACCGAGAAUUAAGCAGGACGCCACAUGAGGGCAACAUCGAGUUCAUCAGCCUGGACGCUCAUAAAGGAGCAGCGCCGUCUCGACGCAGCGACCUGCAGUCACUGGGUUACUGCAUGCUGCGGUGGCACACAGGUCCGCUCCCGUGGAGUGACCUCAGUCAACCAGAGCAGGUCGCCCCCCACAAACAGAGGUACAUGGAUGAUGUUCCUGCAUUGUUGAGUCACUGCUUUGGGAGGACGAAAGUUUCUAGUGCAUUUCAAAGCUUCCUGACUGCUGUGAUGGCUCUGCAGUACUCUGAGCAGCCCGACUACUCAGCGCUGAAGGCCGGGCUCAGUUCAGCCUUACUGCUUAUGGGGGGGUCACAGGAGCAGCCACUUUGUUUUUAGCUUCUGAACUUCUCACUGAGCCCGUCUGUCUGUGUUGCUCAGGCUGCUGCUGAACAGGAGCUGUGAUCCUGAUCCACUUAUGGAUCUGUAUGCAGCUAUCAGUUGAUAUGGGUAAAUAUAGUGUUAAGGACAGUUCAGCAAAGUCUUGUCAUAGAGGGGACAUGUCCUUACUGUCCACAUCCACAUAUACACCCAUCCAGGCACAGCCUCCAGCAGCCCAGCAGAAACAGGAGCAUCUCUGUAGCAAAGGAAUUCAAGUGCAAAUCUGGCAUUCUGUGUGACAAUAACAUGCUGUAUUAAAAUAUGUCUACAUGAUUUAUUUUUAGAGAAAUUGAACAAAAUUAGCUUGGAGAUGGACUUGUAUUAUUUAAACUUGUUUUAUCUGUGAUGUUUUAUUGCACUGAAAGCUGAGAUUUUAAUUUGUGUCGAAAUGACACGUCUGCUUUAUCGUGGUAAAUGUUGGGUUUUAGUAUUGCAAAGGAAAGGGAGGAGGGAUACAAUUUGUUCAAUUCUGAUGGACAUGUUUUUGGUGACAUUGAGACUUUGGUAGUUUUUGAAUGUGUCACAAUUUUUCUGGUAUUUAAAACAUUUUGCUUGUUAAACAGUUGAUACACAGACUUUUUGACCUUUGAAUAUGAGGUCAGAGCAUGAUGGAUGGUCAUGUCAUUUCCUUUAGAUGAGCCAACACACAACUGCUCAACUCUCACUUUUAUGUAACUUGUUUGAAUAAAGUAGCUGCAUUUCUUUUUCA